AUGCGCGGCCGGCUGUCGGAGGAUGGAGGAAUCGUUCGAGGAGCUCUGCUUGAACUUCCCGAAGGCGGAGAACUACUUGCGGAAACUGUACAAGGAUCGUCGCCGCUGGGCGGCGGCUUUCUCUGUGCUGACGUUCAGUGUUUCGUCUUUCACGUUCAGCCGAGUGGAAGGAUCAUGAAGAAAGUUUGUGGCGCGAUGACUUCUUUGCAAGGCGUCUUCGAGUUCUUCGAAGGAGCAAUCGAGAAGCAGGAAGACCGGGCAGCCCUUCGCGCCGCUCGGCUUGCCCUUCCUACUGUGGCGAUGCCGGGCGUUGACGACGUGUGGUUCGGGCAGAGGUUCAUGGCGCCGAUCCGUUUCGGACUUGUGAUGUGGCCGUUGCGGUUCAUGACCAUAGAGAUGGAGGCCGCCGCCAUUUUUUGUGGUGGUGCUAAUGCAGUGCUUGAGGGGGACGAGCGUUUGGAAGCACUAGGGAAACUAGAGUUCCUGGGCGAGUUGAUUGUGGGCGUCGAGACGGUCGCCGUAGUCAUGGAAAGCCGUGACUGCCGGGUCAUGCGGUACAUAGUUUGCAGCAUGGCGGAUGGCAGUCACAUCUGUUCGUGCACGACAAGCCCCGGAGAUUUUAGUGCCACUCGCAACAUCCAUAUACCCCCAGUGCACAUGCAUCGCAUCAACUACGAUAGACUUCCUUAUCCAUCGCCUACAGUUGGUUCUUUGGUACGCUCGACAUAGCAGUCUAGGCCGCAGGAACACAGCUGCAUUGUGCGGUGUGCAGCUGUUCCAACAAAAAAAGAAUAAUUAUCUACCGAU